AUGAGCCUUGUGCUGUUGCACCUGGGCACAGCUGGAAAAGUGCUGGGCUUGCGAGGGGCUCACAACGACGCGGUCGUCAUCUCCGGAAGGAAGCUGGCCCGGCAGAUCCGGCAGGAAGCCCGGCACGAGGUGGAGCAGUGGGUGGCAGCCGGCAACAAGAGGCCUCAUCUCAGCGUCGUUCUUGUGGGCGAGAACCCUGCCAGUCACUCCUAUGUGCUCAACAAAACCAAGGCAGCGGCGGACGUAGGAAUCAGCAGCGAAACGAUCCUCAAGCCAGCGUCGAUUACGGAAGAGGAGCUCCUGGAUCUGAUUAGCAGGCUAAAUCACGACGCCAACGUGGAUGGCCUCUUGGUGCAGCUGCCUUUGCCCGAGCACAUCGACGAGCGCAGGAUCUGCAACGCCGUGACUCCAGACAAGGACGUCGAUGGCUUCCACGUGCUCAACGUGGGGCGCAUGUGCCUGGACCAGGACUCCAUGCUGCCGGCCACCCCGUGGGGCGUGUGGGAGAUCAUUAAGAGAACAGGCAUCCCGACGCUGGGCAAGAACGUGGUGGUGGCUGGCAGGUCCAAGAACGUGGGGAUGCCCAUUGCCAUGUUGCUGCACACGGACGGCAGGCACGAGCGCCCAGGAGGCGAUGCCACAGUGACCAUCUCUCACCGCUACACUCCCAAGGAGCAGCUGAAGCAGCACACGAUCCGCGCCGACAUCGUGGUGGCCGCAGCAGGCAUCCCCAACCUCAUCACAGCUGACAUGAUCAAAGAAGGAGCCGCCGUGAUUGAUGUGGGCAUAACCAGGGUGCAGGAUCCCGUCACUGCCAAACCCAGACUGGUUGGAGAUGUGGAUUUUGAAGGGGUGAAGAAGAAAGCCAGCUACAUCACCCCGGUGCCGGGCGGCGUCGGGCCCAUGACGGUGGCCAUGCUCAUGAAAAACACCAUCAUCGCUGCCAAGAAGCUGCUGCAACCCAAAGAGCUGAAAGCGCUGACCGCGUAACGCGGGGACUCUCCGUAGCACUGAAAACCACAUUCCAAACCGACUCCCAAGCAGGCCGAUAGAAAAUGCAAUAUUUUUUAUUUAUUAUCUGGAAGCGGAUUUACUCUCCUGAGGUCCUAGGUAUUUAUUUGAAGCUGAAUGAUCCCCGUAUUAGUUGUGCUUGAGGCACGAGCGCCGCCCGCCCGGCCCGUGCCGCGGCACGCCUGG